GAAACAGUAUGACUUUUAUAUAACAAAGGACAAUUCUUUUUCAAGCCCCUGUACUCAUUGGACAAAGCUGAAGACACUUACCUUCCUUCGUACGUAAAUUACAAAAUUAAAGACAACAUGGACAAUAUCAUUUUCAAUCAUAGCGCAUGUAAAUCUGAACCCAUUAAUUUGAUGGCUGACUUUAGGGAGGCACUCCCACAGUUUCCUGUACCUAAUGUUGUUGGUGUUCGAUGGAGUUAUCGAAAUGCCCUUGCUAAAUCUUUACAAGAGUUAGGUAGUGAAAUUGAUAAGGGCUUGGAUAAUUGUGGCAUUACAGGCAAUCCAACACUUCAAGUUCUCAUAAAAGAUGGUGGUGAUGGUCUUGGUGAUGUUUCCAUGUACAAAGAGAAAGGAGACAGAUAUUUAGAAGACAAGGCUUAUAGAUAUUCAUUUUGCGUUCUGAAAAUCACAAUAGACAGAGAAAAUGAAAGAGUAGUUAUUUGGGAAGAGGAUACCCCAGGCUCUGUACGUACAAAUAAGACUCUAAUUGAGGCAGUGUGUGACGAAAACCAGACAGCUGCUAUGGUUGCAUGUGUUGUACCAGUAGAAAGGGAGCGUGAGCAAAUUGCAAAUAAUUUAAUUAGUGUGGAAACUGGAACUUUGUGGAGGAAUUUUAAAGUUGAAUUCAAAAAUUCUAUGGAAGAUGAAAGGGCAAGCGCUGAUGGUGGACUGCAGGGGGCUGGAUCCAGAUUUAUGUGUGACUUGUGCUAUGCGACACAAGAUUCAGCAAAAAGUGAUCUUGGAACAUUUAAAACCUGUCGCACCCUUGAAGAGACCAAACAAAUUGCUGCUCUUCUUCAUUUUAAUCCUAACAAACUUACUCAGUCACAACUUUCUGCUGUAGCAAAGGGGGUUAAAACACACCCAGUACUAAAUAUUGAACAUGCGGAGCAUAAAGUGGAUGCCACACAUGCAAGAAUUAAUUUGGGAAAGUUCUGCUAUAAGCUUUUAAUUAGGGAAAUAGCAGGUGUCACUCGAUGGAAUGAAACUUCUGACAUUAAACAUCAUAUUGAGCAAGCAACAAACCAGCUCAACAUUCAUCUCAAAAAAACCAUUGGAAUCAAUCCUUGCCUAAUGUUGCCAGGCAACUAUGCCAGAAUUUUGUUUUCCCAGAAAAAUGAGAGCCACAUCCUUUACCUUCUAAAAUCUGAUGAAAAAAGAGAAAAUUUGCCAAAUUAUAGUUCCAGCAAACCAAAGGAAGAAUUCCCUGAGGAGUGGUCACAGUACAAAAGCAGAGCAGUUGAAUUUGGGAAGCACCUAAUUGCAAGUUACCCAUAUGCAAGGUGGGGCAAUUAUGUCCACAAGACCAUUGAGUAUGUGCAGGAGGUGAUAGAAAGCCAUGGAACACUGGGAGGAUUUUCUGGAGAAGGAAAUGAAGCAGGAAAUAAAAUCUUUCAACACCUUCGCAAAAAUCAUUCAAGAAAAACAGGAACUUUUGAAAGUGUUUCUGAUGUGCUCAAAAUGCAUUGGCUUUAUUGCAGCUUUAAGCUAAAAACACUCAAUGAAGUUGCAAGAAGAAAAUACAAAUGCAGUAUAUGUAAGCAAAAUGGCCAUAAUUGCAACACUUGCCCAUCUGCUCCAAAAUAGUCAUCGAUAUGUACAAAAUUUUUGAAUUAUUUAUAUACCCAAAGUAUUUAUACAGCAGCAAUUGUUGCAGUUAUUUAUACUAAUCUUACAAACUAUUAAUCAUUCUCUACUUUAUUUAUAUACUUAUCUGACUAUUUAUUCAUUUAUU